GGCAACAUGACCAAGCCAAAGGUGUUCGUGAUUGGUGUGGGUAUGACGAAGUUCUGCAAGCCAGGAUCUCGUGACUGGGAUUACCCAGACAUGGUGAAGGAAGCUGUCACGAUGGCUCUUGACGACUGUAAACUGAAAUACAGAGAUAUCCAGCAGGCUACAGUCGGUUACCUCUUCGGUGGCACCUGCUGCGGACAAAGAGCUCUCUAUGAAAUUGGCCUUACUGGAAUUCCGAUCUAUAAUGUCAAUAACGCAUGUGCUUCUGGAUCAUCCGGACUGCUCUUGUGCAAGCAGAUCCUCGAAAGUGGAAGUUCCGAUGUUGUUCUCGCUUGUGGUUUUGAGAAAAUGGCUACGGGUUCACUAGAUGCUCAAGGCGGAAACAGUGAUGGCCGUGCUCUUUCAGUCGACAAUCACAUUCAAGUGAUGGCCGACACUUAUGGCCUUUUUCCUGCUCCUAUAACUGCGCAGAUGUUCGGAAAUGCGGGAAAAGAACACAUGGAGAAGUAUGGCACCAAGAGAGAACACUUCGCUAAGAUUGCCUACAAAAAUCACAAGCAUUCUGUAAAUAACCCAAACUCCCAAUUCACCAAGGAGUUCAGCUUGGAUCAAGUAUUGAAUGCUAGGAAAAUCUAUGAUUUUAUGGGACUAUUAGAGUGCAGCCCAACUUCUGAUGGUUCUGCAGCAGCUGUGCUUUGUUCUGAGCGAUACCUCGAGCAGCAUCCUCAUCUCAAACCUCAGGCUGUCGAAAUCGUUGGCCUCAAACUUGGCACCGACGAGCCAUCUGUCUUCAAGGAGAACAGCAACAUCAAAAUGAUUGGUUUCGAUAUGAUUAAGAGAAUUUCUACGGAGCUGUAUAAGGAGACUGGCAUUACUCCGAACGAUGUGCAGGUCAUCGAGCUUCACGACUGUUUCGCUCCUAACGAACUUAUCGCCUAUGAAGCACUGGGUCUUUGUGAUAUUGGUAAGGGAGGAACAAUCGUAGAUCGAGGUGACAAUACAUAUGGAGGAAAAUGGGUAAUCAAUCCCUCUGGAGGACUGAUUUCAAAGGGUCACCCAAUUGGAGCUACAGGGGUCGCUCAAGUUGUCGAGCUUUCGAACCAGCUACGAGGCAGAUGUGGAAAGCGACAAGUACCAAACUGUAAACUGGCGAUGCAGCACAAUAUUGGAAUCGGUGGAGCCGGUGUAGUCGGAAUCUAUCGUCUAGCAUAUCCUUCAUCAAGUUCAGCGACUUCUGCACCUGCUAGCAAGAUGGGAGCUUUGAAAUCUGAUGUUGUUUUUGAAGAAAUCAAGGCACGAAUUUCAGAGGAGAAAAAUUUGGUGAAGAAGGUUGCCACCUCGUUCAGAAUUAAUGUCACAGGAGACGACGGAUCCGUGAAAAAAUGGACCAUUGAUGCAAAGAGCGAGCCUGCAUACGUUGGCCACGACGAGAAGCCAGUCGAAAUCGAAAUUAACAUCAAGGAUGCUGACUUCAUGAAAAUUGCUGAGGGAAAAUUGAAACCAGAUCAGGCAUUCAUGCAAGGAAAGAUGAAGUUGAAGGGAAACAUCGCAAAAGCAAUGAAGCUGAAGACUUUGCUAGAUCCCAAGAUGCUGAAAUCAAAAAUCUAAGUCAAGGAUUCUCCGCGCAACAACCUCAUCCAAAAACACCUCGCCAAAAAACCUCGUCUAUCUAUUCAGAAAAUCUAAUGCAGUGCAGUUUAGAUAAAAAUAAUUAUAAUAAAGAUGAACGCGCCG